CAAAGAGCAAUCUGGGACUUAUCUUGUGAGGAGUACAAUGACCGUGACGUGAAGAGGAGGAGAUGGGAGGAAAUCACAAAUAUAAUGUUUGAGGAGAAUAUGACGAAAAAUGAAAAGCAUGAAUUCGGCAAACCUCUACAGCAGAAGUGGAAGACUAUUAGGACAAGUUUCAGCAGGGAAUUGAAACGCAGAGCAGGUGCCGAAAGUGGAUCAGCAGCUUUGCAUAAAAGCCCUAAUGUGUAUUUCGGGCAAUUACAGUUUCUUAAGGAAACUGUUGUAGACAAUAUAACUCAAGGUAGCCUGGAUGAAACUGACGUUGCUGAAAAUAACUAUGGGAGCUGUGGCAUACAAAGUCCUUCACUUCUUCCCAGAAAGAAGCAGAAAAGUAAUGACGUCAGAUUGAUUGAUGUACUACAACAGAGUAUCGCACUGGAGGAGGAGUGUGAAAGGCAUCAAGAAUAUGAUUCAGAUAGACUAUUUCUGUUUUCAUUACCAGAAGACAUGAAAAAGAUUCUGGUACAUUGCAAGCUUACUACCAAAAUGGAGAUUAUUGACGUCAUAAAAAGAGUACAAAUGCUUCCACUGCGGACUUAUCACCCAAGGCUAUUCUGAUCAUGCGUCAGAAACAACAGUGGCUGGAGCAUAUAGCCGUAGGUAUGAACCAGAAGCCUCGAGAAGACAGCCGUUUCAGCAUGGAUGCAUACUACAGCCAAAUGAUGGUCGAGCAGACUUCAGCAGAGAUCAGAAGGAAAGUCGCCGUGAUUAUUCUACGCCUAUUACAUACAGACAGGACACUGCCGCCAAAUACAAUGAGCUGUCAUCGCCCACUAACUCAACUGUGUCAACCCAGAAUUCUGAAAUACUUGAUCUAUUCCAGUCAUCAGUACAACUACUACUAUAAUAUUAAUAUUCUUUCCAAAUGUUGUUAUAAUUUAGCAUAUAAAAUUAAAAUAAUAAUGUCAAAUCAUCA